AUGGGCGGUGUCGUUUAAGGACGAAGAGCCCAAAUAGACCAAUACAAGAACUGCAUCGACUUUGCAAUGCCAGCGACUCACCCACUUCUCUUCUCUAUCUGUCUCUGCUCUCUUCAGCCAUAAGAAUUUUUAAUCCAAAUCAAAGUCUGGGUUUUGUUUAACCGAUUUUGAUAGUCCCGUUGAAUCCAUUGGGAAGGGAUUGAAGAUCUAGUGGUAAAGAGUUAAAAGAUGCAUACCAGAGGUAGUCAAGGAUCGAAUAGCAGAGUGUAUGGAUCAAGAAUAUCAACUUUAUUGUUCUCAAUGUUCGCUACUUUCGCUUCCAUUUAUGUCGCUGGCAGGUUAUGGCAAGAUUCGGAGAACAGGGUUUAUUUGAUUAAAGAGCUCGACAGGAUAACUGGACAGGGACAAUCCGCUAUAUCUGUGGAUGAUACAUUGAAAAUAAUAGCCUGCAGGGAGCAACAGAAAAAGUUAUCAGCCCUUGAGAUGGAAUUGGCUACAGCUAAACAGGAGGGUUUUACUUCAAACUUCUUGUCACAGAAUGAUGGGACAAAUUCAAAGAAAAGACAUCUAGUAGUGAUAGGAAUACUGACAAGGUUUGGCAGAAUGAACAAUAGGAAUGCAAUCCGUAAAGCAUGGAUGGGAACUGGUAUAACCUUGAAGAAAAUGGAGAAUGAGAAAGGCAUAGUUUCACGUUUUGUCAUUGGAAGAAGUGCAAAUCGUGGGGACAAUUUGGACAGGGAAAUUGACAAUGAAAAUAAGCAUGCUAAUGACUUCUUAAUUCUCGAUAACCAUGUGGAGGCAAAUGAGGGAUUUCCAAAUAAGGCUAAACUAUUUUUUGCUCAUGCUGUGGAUAAAUGGGAUGCUGAGUUCUAUGCUAAAGUCAAUGACAAUAUAUAUGUUAAUAUUGAUGCUCUUGGAGCUACACUGGCAACUCAAUUGGACAAGCCUCGUGUUUAUAUUGGUUGUAUGAAAUCAGGCGCAGUUUUCUCUGAACUUAGUCAUAAAUGGUAUGAACCAGAUUGGUGGAAGUUUGGAGAUAAGAAAUCGUACUUUCGCCAUGCUUCAGGUGAGAUGUAUGUCAUAUCACGAGCUUUAGCUAAAUUUGUAUCCAUAAACAGAUCUCUUCUUCGAACCUAUGCACAUGAUGAUGUGAGUGCUGGAUCCUGGUUUAUUGGGCUUGACGUCAAACAUGUAGAUGAAGGGAGGCUUUGCUGCUCAUCUUGGUCAUCAGGAGCUAUUUGUGCAGGUGUUUGAUUUGAUUUGCUUCCAGUUUCUGAGAAUCAAAUAGAAAAUAUACUGUGAUUACUCUUAAAAUGGUGGGAAUUUGCUGAUGUUUCAUCAAAGAAUGUGCUACUAUCAUUUAGAAAAUUGGUUAACCACAAAGGAGAUUUGAGAAUCUACACAAACUGGAGGCAGGCAUGUUUUAUCAAAUCAUACAUCGACCCGACAUGGUGCGACUGUUCAUGUGAUAUAACAUAUAUGUUAAUUCUUUCAUUUGUGGGAAUAGAGCUUGACAUCUGAUUCUCGAGUGAGUGAGUCCCCUCAGUUGUAAGAGAUUAUUAAUAUCCUGUGAAGCAAUUAUGUGAUGGCAUCUUACAAUUUCUACCUGUUGUGAGUGUACCGCCAAAUGUAUGUAGAUAGGACCUGUUUCUCCCUCUUUGGCAUUUCGACUACUGAGAUGAUCAUUUAAGAAGGCAUUUGUUUUCUUGUCAA